AAAAAAUAUUUAUUUGACAGUAAAAUAAAAUAGAAAAUAUUGAAUUUAAAGAAAAAGCGCGUGAGCGUUGAGCUAUAUUGGCGGCUCCUCUCUUUCUCCGUCAGUGAGGUUCGGACGGAGACACCAUUCUUCGGUGUCUCCAUCUCUCUCUCUCUCUGAAUCUCCAUUUUCAUCAGACAUGCCGCUCUUCAUCAAUUCUUCCUCCUGCUUCACCGCCACCACCACCGCCGCCGUUAACUCCUCCGAUCGGAAUUCCACUUUUCCCUCCAAUUCACGCAAACUUGCAACACCUCGCAUUCUCCACCUCCCUCAGAAUGAGAAAUUCAACGUCUCUGGAUUGUCUCUUAGUCACUCUAGCUGUGUAGUUAAAGAUAGGACCGUAUCAAAUGCAUUGGUGCGCGAUACGGUUGGACCAAAGGAAGAUGUGGCUAGUUCCUCUAGCAUUUUGGCAUAUGAUUUGAUUCAAGGGGCACUUGUGAGGUGGAGUUCUGUUAUGGACAGAUCUUUACCUGAUCCACCAACAGCUGUCUUUCUGCACGGGAUUCUUGGGUGCAGGAAAAACUGGGGAAGUUUUGCAAAGAGAUUGGCAAGAGAGUUUCCAAUGUGGCAGUUUCUUUUAGUAGACUUGCGAUGUCAUGGCGAUUCAGCAUCAAUGAAGAAGAGAGGUCCGCAUACUGUUGCAUCUGCUGCUCUUGAUGUUUUGAAACUGGUUCGGGAUCUAAGAAUAACACCUCGUGUGUUAGUUGGCCAUAGUUUUGGGGGAAAAGUUGUUUUGAGCAUGGUGGACCAAGCUGCAAAACCUCUUGCUCGACCAGUCAGAGCUUGGAUUCUGGAUGCAACCCCCGGAAAAGUUCGAGCAGGUGGAGAUGGAGAGGACCACCCAGCAGAACUCAUAUCCCUAUUAAAUACACUGCCAAAGGAGGUCUCUUCAAAGAAGGAUGUUGUCAAAGCUCUUAUUCAACAAGGGUUUUCCAAUGAUGUAGCACAGUGGGUUGUGACCAACCUUCGACCUACCAGCUCUCCUAACUCACGCUUCUCAUGGGUGUUUGACCUCAAGGGGAUAUCAGAAAUGUAUCAAUCCUAUGAAGAAACAAAUUUGUGGAAAAUUGUUGAAGAUGUACCUCGGGGUGUGCACAUAAAUUUUUUGAAAGCAGAGAGGAGCCUACACAGAUGGGCUCUUGAAGACCUUCAGCGGAUCCAUGUUGCGGAGGAGGUUGCUUCCGAGGAAGGAGGUGGAGUUGAAAUGCAUGUUCUUGAAGAUGCUGGCCACUGGGUACAUACCGAUAACCCAGACGGACUCUUCAGGAUACUGUCAUCCUCUUUCCAGGGAAACAGCAGGACGUGACUUUACUAGUAGUAAUUAUGUAUUUUCUAUUUUGUUCUUGGUGCAGUUGUCAUCACAGCUUGAUGUUAUCAAUUUUUUUUGUUUCCUAGUCAUUUUCACGUUCAUUUUUCUCCUGUUAUCACUUCUGCAUAUACUAUUAUUUUUUGCUCUCUUCUUGUGCAUCAUAUCUUGAGAGUUACUCUAUCAAUUAAAUCUCUCCAACACAAGUAGUUGGUACAUCA